GCAAAAAGAAGAGUGAGGAGGAAGAAAAAAUGGCUGAUGCUACUACUACUACUCAAGGAAACGGCGCUGCUCAGUUGGUCUCUGACUUUCCGGCGGUUCCGACGCACGGCGGUCAGUUCAUUCAGUACAAUAUCUUUGGAAAUCACUUUGAGAUAACCGCCAAGUAUCGGCCUCCGAUCAUGCCGAUCGGCCGCGGAGCUUACGGAAUCGUCUGUUCUGUGAUGAAUUCGGAGACUAACGAGAUGGUGGCGAUUAAGAAAAUCGCAAACGCCUUCGACAAUCACAUGGAUGCCAAACGGACGCUUCGCGAGAUUAAGCUGCUGCGACAUCUCGAUCAUGAAAACGUUAUAGGGAUUAGAGAAGUGAUUCCACCGCCGGUGAGGAGAGAAUUCACUGAUGUCUACAUCGCCACCGAACUCAUGGAUACUGAUUUGCAUCAAAUAAUUCGGUCUAAUCAAGGUUUAUCAGAGGAGCAUUGUCAGUAUUUCUUAUACCAGAUUCUUCGAGAACUCAAAAAUGCCAAGCAUGGAGUUGCAACCAUCUUUGGACCGAGAAACCGGGAUGUCACGUUCCAGGGGGCAAACGUGGUGGCUGGAUCACCUUCCCCUUUAUUGCAGGUCUCUUUCUACCUCUAUCUCAUGGAACUGGUGUUGCACAGCAGCAUGCAGGACUUUGUUGUACUAAUUGUUGGUUUUUUUCACAAAGUAAUGGAGAGAAAAUCGGGAGGAAGAUGAAGAGCAGAACAUAAACUAAAAAUUUAGAG